AAAUAACUCAUUUAUUAAUGAACAUUAUCAAAUUCGAAAUCGUUUUUAAGUUGAAUCUACAUAAUUUAUAGCAUUUGAAGAACUUUAAAAAAGCAUGAAUUUAAAUUACCGCCACGCCUGCGCAAACAUUGAUAUUUACGCCUCCUACCAUACACACUUGUAUAUUACAGUAACUUAUAGUGCAAGGAUAUCGCCAUUGAAGUGUUGUGAGAGAAAAUCACUUUCGUUAUUUAAUUUACAGAAUACCUCUGCCAAAAAUCCCGAAAUAUUAAUUAGUCAUUUUGUUUUUGCGAUGGAGAACUCAAACUCGGAAGAUGUCGUCCUGCCGGACAUUUCCGAAGCCGAACAUCUUGCGAGUGAGCACGAUGGCGGAGAUGAUGGCGACUGUGACUCUGUUGUGGACUCGAAAAAAUCUUUGGUGUCAACUGUUUCUGUUAGACACGGAGGCGUGCCAGUUUCUCUUCCAGUGGGUUCCCUGAUAACCAGUACAUUCAAUGUUAUCACCCAAGACCAAAUUCCACAUUUCAAGCCUAUGCUAUGCGUGGACAAUAGCGGGUACUUGUCCGCUGAUGGAACUGGUGGUGAAUUGAAAACGAUCGUCAUCCAACAGGAAGAAGUUUCCGGAGGUUCUGCAGGAACUCCCGCACCAUCCGUGGUAGGAACGUGGAAUGACGCUGCAAAUGCUGCUGUUUUGCCUGUGAGAUGUAAAAAUACAUCUGCAGAACUUCACAAAUGCAGAUUUGGUUCCGGUGGAAGAGGUCGAUGUAUAAAACUCGGAAAUUCGUGGUACACUCCUAGUGAAUUUGAAGCCCUCUGUGGCAGGGCCUCGAGCAAAGAUUGGAAGAGGAGUAUAAGGUUUGGCGGCAGAAGCCUACAAACCUUAAUAGAUGAAGGAAUAAUUCUACCUCAUGCAACAAGUUGCACAUGCGCAGCUUGCUGUGACGAUGAAACAGCUACAGGUCCAGUCCGCCUUUUCACUCCUUACAAGAGAAAGCGUAGGAAAGAAAAUGAUUCUAGUAAAAGGUCCAACGGUGACGACAGUGACCACCAGAGCAAAGAAGACGCUUGGCAAAACCUAGCAGAAGGUUUGGACUCCAAUGAUUAUCAGCUCAUUGAACCAAUGGGUUCCGUGGACCCUCAGUGUCAAAUCAAAAGGCUUGAGGAUAUCGCCGUACAAAUGAACAGACUCGCAAUGGACUUCCGUCGAGGGUUGGAGGAAUUGAAGGACAAUAUGAGUAGACAAAAUGAUAAAUUUCAAAGGGAAAAAGAGGCCGCAAUCUUGGCUGCUAGAGUUGAGGCCCAAGUGGCUGCUCUCCAGCCAGAGGGAAAUGAUUCGACAUUACAACCAGCAAUGGAUAACGAUAACCAAAAAAAGUGUGCUAAUUGCAACAGAGAGGCUCUCGCUGAAUGUUCUUUAUGUCGAAGAACUCCAUAUUGUUCCACUUUCUGCCAACGAAAGGACUGGGCUUCACAUCAGGUCGAGUGUGUAAGAGGAGUUGCAAGUGAUGCAGGUCCUCAACAGUCUAUAAUGCUUAUAGUGGAAAGCUCAGAGCAACAAUGAAGUAUAUCUGAUUUCUAUAAUCUAUCACGGUACCAAAAAAAUUGUAUAAAUAUGUAUAUAGAAUCUAUAUUUUUACGGAGGUUUAUGAUGGUACAUUCUCUAGGUUAGGUGUGAGAUCAGUUGUGUGUGUUUAUAUCUCAGCUUUCAUUCUAAAUACAAAGAAACUUCUCACCAUUUUUAGCUUGAAACAAUAAUUUAUUGUAUAAAAAAAUUUUAGGUUUGUUUCAAGAUUUUUUUUAAUGUAUCCAACAUUUUGGAGAACAAAAAUAUCAAACUGUUAACAAUUCUUAAUUAAUUUUACCAAGUUAUGUGUAAUGUUUAUUGUACAUAUGUAUAUCUGGUUUUAAUAGUUGAGACUUCAGUUGAGUUUUUUAAUAAAAAAGAUGGAGUAUUUGUUUUCAUUAUUAAA